AUGGACUUCAACUCGAUCGAACGCGAGGUUCUUGGCGCCGCCCAGGGCGGUGGCCAGCAGCAGCAGGGCGGCCAGCAGGGUGGCGGCUUCAACGCUCAGCAGCUUGAGGGCCUUGCUGGCCAGUUCCUCGGCGGCCAGCAGGGUGGUGGCCAGCAGCAGCAGGGCGGCGGCGGCCAGCAGGGCGGCUUCAACGCUCAGCAGCUCGAGGGCCUCGCCGGCCAGUUCCUCGGCGGUGGCGGCGGCGGCCAGCAGCAGCAGCAGCAGGGCGCCGGCGGCCUCGGCGGCAUUGCUUCGUCUUUCCUCGGCGGCGGCGGCGGCGGUGGCGGCGCGCAGGGCAUGGAGGCCAAGGCCAUGACCGACGCCAUGUCUGGCAACAUGACCGGCGCGGCCGAGGACAUGGCCAUUGCCGAGUUUGAGCAGCGCCUGUAG